GUAUGGUUUGGGUCGUUGCCAAUGGCAAGCAGAACACAAUCGGAUGAAAGAAAAAAAAAUGCGAACAAAUAAAAAGUGAAAAUCUUGUGUUUUGUUUGGAUUGUGUGUGUUUGUGCAUUUGUGUUCGUAACAAAGUUGCGAAUUGUGACAAAGAAAAUAAAAUAUAAAUAAAGCUAUUAUUCCGCUUUUAAUGACAUGAGACACUGUCAUCCAAAAUAUUUGAUUUUUUUUCUUCAUAAAAAAAUUAGAUGGCUUUUUAAUUUGAUUUGAAAUGCCGGAAAUGUAAAAAAAACGGAUGGAUGUGUUAUCAACUGUUUAAGUAACAAAACAAGGAAUUAAUAAACACACGAAAACAAACUAAAAAAUACAACAACAACAAAUGAAUAAUUCACUAUUUUUGUGGUUAAAAGCGAUAAACGCAUAGCUGAUCUAACAGUAACUGGACUGCACUUAGUGACCAACAACAUCAAAAAUCAAAUUGUAGUAGCAGCAGCAACCAUAAACUACUUCAAGCUUCAUCAUCAUGGUUGCGGUCAAUUGGCGGCGUUGGAUCUGUGUGGCGUUGCCAUUCAUGGCCUUAUUUCGUGGUGUCAGGUGCAUAACUGUUGAUGCAAAAAGCACCAACGAAAAUGAAACGGAUACAUCUGCCAUCCAUGAAGUGCAAUAUAAAUCCAGCAAUAUUGAAGAGAAUGUCACCUUGUCUACCGGGGACUCGGAGCUUAGUGCAUCGGAACGUACAAGACGUUUAAUUCCGUACAUGGCCUUUUAUGUGCCCGUCCAAGAUCUGCCCAUUAACCAGCAGUAUGCUGCAAUACCAACGCAGACAAAAAAUGGACCACGACUCAGUGGAACAGGCACAUCUUCAGGGUCGCACAUUCCCCUGCCACCGCAAUAUGUUAACAUGAAAACAUAUUCGGGGCCGGGAGCUGCGUCAUAUUUACAAUCUCCAACAGCUGCUCCACAUUAUCAGGCCGAUUCAGGCGAUGCCUAUCAUGGGCUGGCAGCAUACGGUGGUGGUGGUGUUGGGGGCACACCUCACCAAGAGCAGCCAUAUCAACUGGUACCAACAGCUAUAAAACACAUCGAUAAUGGCGCUAACCACAAAUACCCUGGACAGCAGUUACUUUCUGCGGGAUCGCCCGGCCCUUCGGCACCAUCCGCUGGAAUUAACUUGACUGGCAAUAAGAUAAAUCCCAUUCGGCAUAAAACCGUACAGCAUUUUCCACCACUGCCAUCACAUCCAGCCACCUCCUCAUCGUCGACAUCAACAUAUGAAUCUGCCUCGCUGAAACACCAACGAUACCAACAGCAGCAACAACAACAUAGUGUCGCUUAUCGUCCACGAACGAAACAAUCAAAAAUCAAUUUAACACCAUUUACACCAGCCAAUUCCGUGCCGGGAAAUUUUGUGCCAAUUGUUUAUACGCCAGUAAACAGCAACAGUAACAACAACCAUAACAUAGUCAUAACAUCACAUGCUACAUCCGCGGCUGACACCCACACCACCGACACCGAUAAUUCGCCACCAGACUUAUCUACAACAACAGCAAAUGGAGGUGGAAAGCAACAACAACAAAUUGCAAUUGAAUACCCCGAUCCAUUGCAUCCAGCUUCAAUUGAUGGUGUGACCCAACACCAACGUCCGUCACCGUCUACGCAACACCUCCAGCCCUUCUCACACCAGCAUCGUCUAAAUCCUAAACAGCCGGGACAAUAUUUUAGUGUAACGCCGUUGUCGUCUGGAAGAGACACAGGCAACUCCCAACAUCAGGAUAUACAAGCCAUUGGCCCUUCAUCCAGUUAUGACCAUUCCCAACAACAACAACAUAGUCCCGAAAUUGUCCUUAUUGAUGGCUCACCCCGACCGCCAAAGCAUUCGCAACAGUUAACAUUGAUUGGAUCCAAGCCACAAAACCAACAACAAUAUCACACAAAAACUAUACAAUUUCGUCCUUCGAAACCUGAGCAUUUUUUCAUAUCAGAACAGGAGCACUCUGAACAGCAACGUCCACGUCCCAGUGAUAAGUACGCCCAAACAAAGAACCAACCACAUCAAUUGGAACAGGACCAAGGACAACAUCAACUCCUGACCAAACCCAAGUAUCGUGAGCGCAUCAAACAAACACCAACACACAUAUUUGUUCUCAGCUCGACUGUGUCACCAAAUGAUGCUUCAUUGAAUACCUUGUCCCCAAUUCUUUCCUCUGCAAUAUAUCCACAACAACCCAGUGCCAUACAUCACCACUCCUUGUAUACAAGGCCAGAACAUAACCCAUCUGCUCACAACAUACGAAACAACGCGGCAUUGGCCACCCCACCCCAAACACAGUCACAGUCACAACAACAACUGCCACUCGGCGAACAAAUCCUUACAAUUCCAGUUCACAAUCUCUUUAGUGAUUUACGAAAUAAUCAGCACAACAAUCAUCAACAACAUCAUCACCACCACUUUGCAUCAUCCCCACCACAGGGUAUUCAUUAUCCUAAACUCAAUGGACCUUCAACGCCACAAUAUGCCGACUAUCCUGUAGAUGAACCGAAGCAAUCCUUGGAUGAAGACCACGACAAUGAGUCGUACCGACAACCGGCGGCACAGUUGCCCCUAAAACCCACACUGGGGCCACCAACUCACGCCUUUGUUGUGGUUACAACCGCAGCACCCCCAACAUACCACCAGCCUGUGAUCCAAGAAAAUUAUGGCUCCACCGUUCGACCUCUGUACAAAAAUAAACCGAAUAUCAAAUUACAGCCCGUGACCAAGGAGAAGAAUGUAAAUUAUCCAGUCAUUAGGCAACCGAAUCCAACGGCAAGACCUUCUCCUGCCCUAGUCUCAACAACUCCAAAUACCAUGAUUGUGGAUUCUGCUCCCAAAUAUGUUUACGUCAAAGAGGAAUUUGGACAGAAACUGGCUACCCCUCCACCAAUAAAACUGAAACCAGUGCAAAAAUAUGAAAACGAUAAUCACAUUCCUACAAAACAACAGCCACACGACCAGCUGCAACACCUACAGCCACAACCACCGGUCGCCGGUCAUGGACACAACGAACUCUCAUCCACGGUGGAGUCCACCCCACCACAACGACACACUUUAUCCGAUCCAAACGAGCUGCCCGACAUACGCACAUCCUCACUGGCAGAAAUAUUGCACAAGUUACAAGAGAGCAACCACCUGCCGCAUACCUUGACGCCGGACAACAUUGACAAUUCCAUCAAAACCCUCAUUCGUAUAUUGAACAAUUUGAAGAAGACCCAAACGAUUGUGGCCAAUCCACCACAGCACCAUGAGAGUUCCCCGGCCAUUUCGCCGGAUUAUGAUUAUGCAACGGGUAGUGAGGAACAGGACCAGGAUUUGCCGCACCAACAAGGUGAUGUGCGUCUCCCCAUACCAGUAGCAGCCAAUACACCAAACAAACAUCCCGGACCCAGUACUGGAAGACCCGGCAUUGACUAUCCAAACUAUGCUGAAAUACCUCAGACUUCAUUUGACUGUUCGCAACAGCGGUACAAAGGAUUUUUCGGAGAUCCCGAAACAAAUUGCCAAGUAUGGCACUAUUGUGAUCUGAAUGGCGGCAAGGCGUCUUUCCUCUGUCCGAAUGGAACGAUUUUCAGUCAGAUUGCCCUAACCUGCGAUUGGUGGUUCAAUGUUAAAUGCGCCGCAACGGCACAACUAUAUGUGUUAAAUGAGCGUUUGUACAAAUACAUCUUACCAUUUACUCCUAAAUUCCCGGAAGACUACAGUGGACCUCUGGUUGAUAAGUAUCUUGCGCUGAAAUUCCAAGAGAUGGAGGAAAAAAUGCGCCUAGAAAAAGAGAAGGCAUUGGAAGAAGCAGCUACAGAACAGGAAAAUCAAGCAGAAUCAACAUCUGAAGACAGCAAGGAAGACAAUAAUUUGGAGGAAACUACAACGGAAAAUGAAUCACCCAACCCUCCUAAAGUAUCGGUAUUGCAUAAACAUGAAACCGUCAAUUCGCAAGUAAGUGAGCAAAGUUCCGAAAGAAACCUUUUAAUUGACGACGAAGUGGAUGAUAUAUCACAACGUGGCUCAAUCGAUACAUUCGAAAGUACAACAAUAUCUAGUGUUGCCAACAAAGAUUUGCCAUUGAGUCUGAGACCAAUUGUAGUAUCUUCCACCGUCGAGCCGGAUUACGAUGAAGAAGAACAACAACACGAUAAUGAUCAAAAAGACAACGACAAUGAAAAGCCAGAUAAAAACGAAGAAAUUCUACAAGAAAUAAUAGUAAAUAUUCCCAAGAAGAAUGAGCACUCCACGCCAACCUCCAAGGGAGAACACAUGAAAAUAACAGUAGAAAAAGUAGAUGUAAUUGAAAUAAAACCCGAUGGCGCCACUGGUCAUUUAAUACGUGAAAUGAUAUUUAACAGUGAGACGAAAUAAUAUAACUAUUUCGGCAAUAUGUUAUACUUUAGGAGACUGAAGACAAGCCAGCCAAUCAGCAAACUAAUCAAAACUUUCUCAACAAAGUACACAUUAUCCAAGUAGUGCUAUUCUUUAAUAAACCGUAUGAAAAUCUCCUAAAGAGUUAUAAUUCUAUGGACUAGCAACAAUUUCAUACAUCGUUCAUAUGCACACAUAUUUCAUAUUUUCAUUGAACAAAUUAAAAAGGCCCUGCACCAUACUUUAAUCAUUUUCUGUAUUUAUUUAUUAAAGAAAAAAAAACAAUCGCGGCAAGUAAAUCAAAAUUAUAUUUGAAAUUUUCACCUGAAACAUAGUAUUAAUUCUCCACAACCAUUCAGGAAUGGCUACGAGAACUUGCCAUAUUUGAUUUGUCUUUGUUAAUAAUUUCCAUUUGAAUAACAUUUAGAAUGAUAAGUAUUACCUAUGUAUAUCGAAAUCUUUAUUAUGUAAAUAUAUUUUACACAACUUGUAGCAUAUACAUUUUAUGU